UUUUUUGUAUGUGUGGUGGUGAUAAGUCAUAUGAUCAAAGUUGGGCUGUUCUUCUAAAAUUACGUACAUUUUAUUACGGGCGUUAGCUUUUACUAAAAUAUUAUAAAUCUUCAUUGUUAAUAUAUUGUCGUUGGCAAUAAGUUUAUUUAUUUAUUUAAAACAAUUUUUUUAAAUAAUAAUCAAUUUUAAUCAUGGCUCUCAGCGAUGCCGAUGUCCAAAAACAGAUCAAGCAUAUGAUGGCCUUCAUUGAGCAAGAAGCCAAUGAAAAAGCCGAAGAAAUUGAUGCAAAAGCUGAGGAGGAAUUCAACAUUGAAAAAGGACGUUUGGUUCAACAGCAACGUCUUAAAAUAAUGGAAUAUUUUGAAAAGAAAGAAAAACAAGUUGAGCUACAAAAAAAAAUUCAAUCAUCAAAUAUGCUUAAUCAAGCAAGAUUGAAAGUUUUAAAAGUACGUGAAGAUCACGUGAGAAGUGCACUUGAUGAAGCAAGAAAAAAGCUUGGUGAAAUUGGUCGUGAUCGUGCACGUUACACUGAGAUAUUAAAGAUGUUAAUCAUCCAGGGUCUUUACCAGGUAAAUAACAUCAAAUUAAAAUUAUUAACUGCAAUUUUUAUUUAUAAUUUUGUGUUUGUUGAUCAGGUGAUGGAACCAUCUGUACUACUUCGUGUUCGUCAAGCAGAUGUAACUCUUGUUGAAUCAAUUCUUCCUGAGAUCCAGGACAAGUACAAAGAAGUUUCGAAAAAAGAAACUCUUGUUAAAGUUGAUCAAGAAAAUUUCAUUCAAGCUGAUGGUUGUGGUGGUGUUGAACUUUAUGCUGCAAAAGGAAAAAUAAAAAUUAGCAAUACACUGGAAUCAAGAUUAGAAUUGAUUGCUCAGCAGUUGGUGCCUGAAAUACGUUCAGCUCUAUUCGGUCGCAAUCCAAAUCGUAAAUUUACUGAUUAAAAAAUUUACUCAAUUUUUGUUCAAUAUUAAUAAUAAACAGAUAAACGACAUUCCCUUCAAAGAAAAAUUAAAAAAAAAAUAAAGAAAGUUUAAAUAAAUAAUUCAUAAAAUGCAUAAUUUUAUCGAAAUAAAAAAAAAUAUAUAUAAAUAAAUAAUAAAACCUAAAUGAUUGUUUGAAAAUAUAAAAUGUUCAGUAUAAAAUUUUAGAAGAUAUCAAUGUACGUUCACAGUAUCAUGGCCUACAUUUUAAAUAAUUUUGGUAAUUUUAUUUGAUAUAAUUUUACCAUGUAAAAAAAUGGAAUUAUUAAUUUGGUCAUUUGGCAGUAUUAAUUUGUGUUAUUAUCUAAUUGAAAU